GAUGACCUUGAUAGAGUGAACCAACUUUUGAUGGUAGCACUUGUUCUUGAUCCUCGAUACAAAUUGGGGAAUUUUGAGUUUGUAUUAAAGAGGAGGUUUGAAAACCCACAAGAUGCUACUAAGAAGAAAAAUGAAGUGAAAGAGCUUUUAAUGAAGCUUUAUAAGGAGUAUACUAUCCCACCACCUCCUACUCAAUGCACUAGUGCUAAUGGUGAUACUAGUUUUACUAGUAGUAUUACUAUAACAAGUUCUAGCAAAAAAGGAGGAGGAAAGCACCUUCGGGAAAUGGAAGAAGGUUGGAUAAAAGAAUAUCAAGCAAGUAACACCGUGAUAUUGGAGCAUGAAGUUGAUAGGAUGUGCUUGCUAUUCCCGUAUCAACAGUGGCUUCGGAAUCAUGCUUUAGCGUCCAACGGCAUCUCCGUUAUACAAUAUGAGCCAACCAUUCAAGAAAUGGAGUUUUAUGAAUCCAUUGAGUCAGAUCUUGCAAUUUUACCAGCACCUACCAACUCAAGUUCUUCUACGUUCGAGUGA